AUGGAUUCUCGUCUCCAAGGCAAACAUGACGAACAGCACAACGCCAUCAACAAACGCAAGCGGCCAGAUGGCACUGCUAUCCGGCCAAUCCUUCUGGACGACAGCUCCGACGGGGAAGUGAAGCAAGAGCAUCCUUCGGUGCGCCCUCGCAUCAAAACCUCCCCCUCUUCGUCAAGCGAGGAAAAGACAAGAAUCACGCCUGAUGCACAUACACAACCAGAGCUCAAUGCCGCAUAG